AUGUGGAGACUGGUAGGCCUACUUAUAGCCAUCUCUUUCUGUCAAGGAGAAGGGAAGCUUGCGAGCGAGCAAGAUGAAGAUUCUGGAGAUCAGGAUAUAGAUGACAGUAGCGAGAAGAUCGGUCCAAUAGUGACCCAGAUCUACCAGCACCCGUACGCCGCUUCUCUACUGAAGAACAACACCUACUUAUGCAGUGCUGUGAUACUGAACACCUACUGGCUACUCACGGCGUCCAAGUGUUUUGAUGCGAAUGUGAUAUCAUCGUACGUCACCUAUAAGAAUCUGGGGGACUACGCCGUGAGGGUAGGCAGCUCCUUCAACAACAAUGGAGGUGAUAUAAGCACGAUAAAAAUGCUGAUCAACAACUUCGACAGGCGAGUUUCUGCCAUCAAGCUUUCAGCUCCGCUAGAUUUCAAUGCGAGGGUCAACUCUGUGAGCCUGCCGAACCCUGAGGAGGAAGUGUCGCUAGGGUACCUCACCUCUGCCAUGGCAUGGACUCCCAAUAACCAUAUUCGCCUGGUAAACAUGCCCGUGAUCGACCCAUCUCUAUGUGAGCCUUACACCAAAAUGUUGCCUGGCCAUUACAUAUGCGUCGGAGGUGUGGAAGACCCCAACAGACACUUUUGCAGGAAAGACAACGGCGGUGCAGUGAUACAAAACGACACGCUGAUUGGCAUCUCAACGUUCCUCCACACCUGCGCAGUUUACAGCAAAAUCCACGCCUUCCCGAAAGUCUCCGGCUUCGCCCGCUGGAUAGACUCCAUCAUUUGGGACGAAAACAACAGACCGACCACAGAAAUUACUACACAAACUACUAAAUUAGUCACACAAAACGCAACCGAACGACCGGAACAAAGCACUGUCUUCGUAGACCCCAGACAAUUUAUGCUAACGUUACCUUUCGACCCCAUCAAUGUGCCGUUGGAACCCGCUGAAGAUAACUCUGUAAUACCAAGAAUGAGUCUUUACGAGUCAUAUUUGCAAAGUAUAAGGGCGAAAACGUCUACGACGACACGUAUUCCUGAUAAAAUGUUAGAAAAGCAAAAACAGUGGAUUAAAAACAUGAGGAAAACAAUUCUUCUGGUUCCUAUACCAAUGCUUAAGGAGCGAUAUAACACAAUUGGGCAAGCUAGUCUCACAUUGUAA